AUGGAUGAAAUCGGCUUGAUAGAAUUGGAAGACGCAAGAGGCUUUGGGACCUGCGGCGACGGUCUGGCAAACUGUUGGGCAGCCGACCGCGGCGGAACAGGCUCUGCGGGUUUGGUAGCAGGAGGAGCCGGCGGCGGCGUGCUUGCGGGAGGAGUCAGUCCUUUCUUCUUGGUCACCUGGAUGGUGGCAGCAUUCAAUGCUGCAGACAAAAUCUUGGUGAUAUGGGCAGGGUUCUUAUCAAUCAAGGUCACCAAUGGGAACCCUUGGAUUCCUGCAUUCUUUGCGGCCUGGUUCACCUGGGCAAUGGUCAUUGCGAGCGCCUGCGUCAGGAUCUGGGUGGUUGUUUCUUUAUCGUACAUUUUGCGGUCUUUGGUUAGACGGAUAAGCUCUUUCUGA